UAAAAUAUGAAAUUUAUGUAUUGAAACUCUCAUACCUGAGGUGGUAAAAAACUUUCACUCGAACUGAAACAAAUGCAACCACACUUUAUGGCACUGGAGUUUCCUGUGAGUCGGGGAGUGCGCACAGAGAAUCCGAGCAGUACAGUACAUAGGAAAUGACUCAUAGGAGUGGAGCUGUUAGCGUGGGUGUGUGCGCGCUAUUAAAACAAGGCGCAGACUCCUCCGUAUGACUCACUCUGAUGCUCGCUUUUCCAUGCUGAAAACCAGCACGGACUGUUAAUCAGAUGAACUUUCGGGAAUUGUGUGGCCGACAGCGAGCAGCUUUCCCUUCGCAGACAUCAUGGCUUUAAACGCUCUUUGCGCGCUCUGCGGACUUAUUAUUGCGGCGGUGACCACUUUCCAUGGUGUGAGCGCGCAGAAAAGUCCGUGUCGGAGCUCGGAGUUUUGGAGCUCAGACUAUGAUGGUUGCUUGCCCUGUGAAUCAUGCAAGCAGUACCCGAAAACCCCGUCCUGCAACACAUGCAAAUCAGUGGAUGAGACACCUGACGUGUGGAAACUGGCAGCAAUCACCAGCUUCUCAGUACUGGCUGUGGUGCUGGUCAGCGCUGCACUGAUCAUCGGGGUCAUGGUGCAUCGACGCAAGUCGCACAAACGGCCUUUACGUGAACCUAUCGAAGAAACUGCGGGGCCACUUUAUCAAGCUUAAACCACUCACCUCAUCUUCCUCUGAAAACUGAUGUAACAGAACCAAGGAGCCACUGGUUACUAGCCGGGCGGAGGAAACCUCUGAACGACGAACCGUGUACUCUGACUGCAGGGUAUACCUCGACCAGAAAUGGACCCUUUUUUUUAUUUUUUUAUUUAUUAGACUGGUUGGUGAAGAGAUAAGCUCAGUUCUCAUGCUUGGUGUAGGUCCAGUGGUUAAGACAGGACUUGCAAUGAGCAAAUCUCACACCUCUGUAGGUAUAUUAACAGCAUUAUACUAGUGGUAUCAUCUUUUAGAACUUGUGUGCCUUCAUAUUCCACUCCGUUGAGAUUUUAAUCUGGAUCAUUGGGGGGGUUAGGCAGGUUUGACUGAGAAUUAACCGUAAAACUAGAGUCUGCACGCCUGCAUUGCGUUGUGCUGUUUUCAGCAGGACUCCAGUGAAUGUAACACAGCUACAUCCGCCAGCUGGGCCACAGUUUGAUCCCCCCCGCUGUUCAGCGGGGUAACACAGGGCCUCUCUGCUGGUCAUUUACCACAACAGCCUCUGAAAGAUAGAUCACAUGUGAGUAACACAUACUGUUUGGCACAUUAAGGCCAUAUGAAUGUAGCUACCUUUUUAAAAAUCUUUUUAGGUGAAUUGUACUCCAACCUUUGUUCCUGCCAGUACCUGUUCUUGUAGUUACCUGACGCAGUGAGAACGCUGUUGAGUAAAGGAGCAAACUGUACUCAUGCACUGUUACUGGGUCUCCUGAGACCAACACAGACCAUUUAUUGCAGGUCACUAAAAUAUUGUCUUGUCUGUUUUUUUUCUUUUAUUUCAUUUAGAGUUUAGAUGUCAUUUUUGCCUAAAACAAACCCUGAAUUCACAUGACUGUUGCAGCAGCGCUUUGUAACCCAGGAUGCUUGAAACACUAGACGUACAGCCCCAAACUGCUAACAUGUGAGAAUGCUGUGAGGAAUGUACUGCAGAGAGGAAAACUAACUACACCUACAGUGUUUUAAACAGAGCUUCAGCAAUCACAGCGCUUUUCAGAUCUGCAGCAAGGCAAAAAAGAAAAAAGAAAGGAUGGUUGCAACUGCAGUGGUCUGUAAUUUUGUUGCCGCUGAAGCCAACACGAACCACAGUGGACAGGGUUGUUAUCUUCAGCUUUUUUUUUUUAAAUGUUUUUUUUCUCUUACAAACAUUGAACAUGAUUCUUGAGAAUCCUCGCGAUAAUUCGGCACCGACAAUGUUUCAGGUCACGGAUCUGUCUGCUUGUGGGUGAACCCUCUGGCAACAAAAUUGGGGAACCAUUUAUAUUGUCUGUUUUAUUGUUUAUUUCUUUUUUUAUUUUUUAAAAGAGGUCUAUAUUAUUUAUUUUAGUAUGUUGAGCUGUUGUAACGCAACAAGUGUGACAGACAAGCACAGUUUUAAAGGGACACCAGUGAAGAUUUUUUCAAAACGUCCACCAGGCCAGCUAUUACUGAACAAUAUCUUAACAUUUUCUACUUGUUUCUCUUGCCUUCUAGGUCUUCUUGUAUAUAAUGUAAAUGCACUGGCUUUUACUUAAUGCAAUCUUUAUAAACUGCUUUUUGUGUAGCAAAUGUAUUUUCACAAUAAAACUGACAAUUUCCA